CUAGCUAUCACUAGCUACAUCACUAGCUACCUCCCAUCAGCUGGUACAAAAUGGAGGCCACCAUCCUCCUUACAAUGGUGCUCACCACCUUCCUACUCUUCCUCUUUCUCAGAGCCACCUUUCACCGCGGCCAGAAGUACAACCUCCCUCCGGGUCCAAAACCUUGGCCUGUCAUCGGCAACUUCGACCUCAUCGGUGCACUCCCGCACCGCUCCAUCCACGAGUUAUCCAAGAAGUACGGCCCACUCAUGCACCUUCGCUUCGGCUCAUUCCCUCUCAUCAUCGGUUCGUCAGUGGACAUGGCAAGGUACUUCCUCAAGACCCAGGACAUCCUCUAUGUCGACCGCCCCAAGACGGCUUCCGGUAAAUACACCACCUACAACUACGCUGACAUGACAUGGUCACCCUAUGGGGCCUACUGGCGCCAAGCACGCCGGAUCUGCCUCACCCAGCUCUUCAACCCACGUCGUCUCGCCUUGUUGGAGCACAUCCGUGCCGACGAGGUCAAAGCUCUCAUGUGCGACCUCUUUGCAGUGUCCGGCCAUGCCGUGCAUCUUAGCAGGGACCACAUGUCCAUGGUGAGCAUGAAUGUGAUCACACGGAUGGUGAUGGGGAAGCGACUCUUCGUGGACGGCGUGGCGGAGGGGCCGGUGCCGUCUCUGAAGGUGUUCAGGUGGAUGCUAGAUGAGCUAUUCCUGCUCAACGGUGUGCUCAACAUCGGCGACUGGAUCCCAUGGCUGGACUGGAUGGACCUGCAGGGAUAUGUGCGACGGAUGAAGAAGAUAGGCAAGUUGUUUGAUGCAUUCAAUGAGCAUGUCCUUGACGAGCAUAGCGGCGAGCGGGGCCGCGGCGAGGGUGAAGCGGCUAGGGACAUGGUGGAUGUGCUUAUGGAGAAGGCCAACGACAACGCCCUCGAGGUCCAGUAUGGCCGCAUCGGCGUCAAGGCCUUCACCCAAGACCUCAUCGCCGGCGGCACUGAGAGCUCAGCCGUCACCGUGGAAUGGGCCAUGUCGGAGCUCAUGAGGAGGCCCGCCACCUUCGAUGUAGCCACCGAGGAGCUCGACCGUGUCGUCGGUCGUGCCCGCUGGGUAACCGAGAAGGACAUGCCAAACCUGCCCUACAUUGAAGCAAUCGUGAAAGAAUCCAUGCGCAUGCAUCCUAUCGUGCCUCUCCUCACCCCGCGUUUGGCCCGAGAGGACGCCACCAUUGAUGGCUAUGACAUCCCUAAGGGUGCACGUGUGCUCAUCAAUGUGUGGGCCAUUGGACGGGACCCGGAGUUGUGGGACGCCCCAGAGGAGUUCAAGCCAGAGAGGUUCCUGGGGAGCAAGAUGGGUGUGAUAGGGCAGGACCUCGAGCUGCUACCGUUCGGUUCUGGCAGACGAAUGUGCCCAGGCUACAAUCUCGGGCUAAAGGUGGUGCACCUAAGCUUGGCAAACCUGCUGCACGGGUUCACUUGGAGGCUGCCAGAGGGGGUGAGGAAGGAGGAUCUGAGCAUGGAGGAGGUGUUUGGGUUGUCCACCGGCCGCAAAUACCCACUCCAGGUCGUCGCCAAGCCCAAGCUACCUAAUCAUCUAUAUGUUUGA